AUGUUGAGUUUUGCUUUCCUGAUAUCCUGCGCGUGCAUAGUGCACGGAUCUAAAACUACACUCCAUGUUGUCGAGGAGUCGGAUAUAAACACGUUGAUCGGUCAUACUGGCGAUGGAAUCCUACAGACCUUACCAGAGGGGGCUCAAUCAGAUCUAGUGUACAGUAUGAUCGGGUCUGGGGAACAUGCCAACCUAGUGAAAUUGAACAAGCAGAACGGAUAUCUCUACACAGCGGAACUUAUUGACCGGGAAUCAACUUGUGGAAACCGUGAAACAUGCUCCAUCAAUCUGAAAGUUGCUCUAUACUCACCAAAAGCAAGCCACUUUGAGAUCGUAGAUGUGGAAAUUCAGAUUGAUGACGUUAACGACCAUGCACCGAGAUUUCUAGAGAAUCGGAUUAACAUCAACGUUCCGGAAUCUACCCCUACUGGAACCAUUAUCACCACAGUGACAGCCACAGACCGAGACUCAACAGAAAAAUACCGUAAUGUAACAUAUAAAGCUUCAAAUGCAGAUGUGUUUGGUCUUCAAGUAACAAAGAACAAAGAAGGUAUACGAAUGGCCUCUCUUAUUCUUCUGAAAGAUCUGAACCGUGAAUCUAGAGACUCUUACAAUGUAGCUAUCAUAGCUUCUGAUGGGGGAAAAACAUCGGAUGCCAGCAAAAUUGAUAUUGAUAUCACAGUUACGGACACCAAUGAUAAUAGCCCUCGGUUUGAACAUUCUAGCUACAACGUCUCAGUCCAGGAGAACGUUACGAUAGGAACGGUUGUCCUAACAGUACGAGCAACAGAUCCCGACCUCAGAGACAAUGGACGUGUUUCCUACAGAUUGUCAGGAGAAACGUCAUUCUUCGGAUUGUUUUUCAUGAUCGACGAAUCGUCAGGUGAUAUAUCCGUCAAAGAAGACUUAACUCGAAUAAGUGGAGAGACAUUUCAACUGGAAGUUAUAAGUGAAGACCACGGAAAACAGCCGCUUGCAUCCCGAGUUAACCUUACCGUUUCUGUGAAGGACGUUGUCAACAACGCUCCUGUGAUUGAUGUGAAUAUUCUGUCCCGAGGAGGCGGACAGACGAAUGAUAAUCUCACCGCUCUUGUGCCGGAGUCCCAGGAAACAGGUAAUGUCGUAGCGUUCAUCACCGUCACCGACAGAGAUAUAGGCAUGAACGGGAAUGUCUCCUGCUCAAUUUCCAGUGCAGUCUUUGAACUUCAGAACGUCCCGUCUUCCGGAUAUAUAAUCGUGUCUAAAAUACCACUGGACAGGGAGAUUAAUGAACGAUAUGAUAUCACAGUAAUGUGUGCAGAUGCUGGAAUUCCUCCAUUGUCCUCUACUGUUAGCAUUGCAGUUCUAGUCCAAGACAUGAAUGAUAAUCCUCCAGUGUUUAGCAAGAAGUCUUACUUCACAUCAAUCAUCGAAAACAAUGCACCCGGAAUACAUCUAGUAACUGUGUCUGCUACUGAUGAAGACUUAGGCGAAAAUGCGCAAAUAGAAUACUUCAUUCAGGGUAAACGCAAAGGACUUGCAAUCGAUUCUAAAUCUGGUGUCCUGAGAGCUAGAACAAGCUUUGACCGCGAAAAGACCAGUGAGUAUGAAGUGACAGUCGUCGCAGUGGAUUCUGGUUGGCCUUCACUCACCGCUACAACAACGGUGUUCAUAUCUAUUCUUGACGCUAAUGACAAUGCACCAUCGUUUAAGGUAUCCCAUUUCCAGUUUUUCGUCCUUGAAAAUAUGCCAGCUGGAAUGAAGGUCGGACAGUUGAGUGCAACAGACAAAGAUGUUGGUGUCAAUGGUAACUUGCUGUUUUCAGUAAUAGAGGGAUACAAAAAUACGAUCCCCUUUAUCGUAUUUCAAGACGGCAUCAUAAAAACCAGUGAAACACUGGAUAGAGAAGAGAAAGACAGAUACUCUUUCCAAGUUAAAGUGUAUGAUUUGGGAUCUCCAUCAUUUGUCUCAACAGCAGACGUCACAGUUCGCUUAGCAGACAACAACGAUAAUGCACCGGUUAUCACCUACCCUGCCAAAGAAAACGAAACUGUUAUUGUGUUUUCUACGAACACAGUUGGAUCCACAGUCGCUGUCAUUCAAGCAAAAGAUGCGGACGAAUCGGGACCAAAUAGUGACUUAGAAUUCAGCAUAAUAUCAGGAAACGACGAAGGAGUUUUUGCUGUGGAUAAUACAUUUGGUACAUUAAGGAUAAACAAGGAAAGAAAGCUAGAAGAAGAUGAGAGCUAUUUGCUUCACAUUCGAGUUAGUGACAAAGGAUAUAACAAGAAAAGUGUAGAUACAAAGUUGAAAAUCAUUUUGAAAUAUGUGAAUGGACUGGAACAAUCAGGCACAGGGCCAAGGAACGCCAUGGUGACUACUUCUGUCGUAGCAAUCACGGUGGUAGCGGCUGUUGUCAUAACAACCAUCUUGUGUAUCUUCAGGAGAAACGCACAGAAAAAGAAGAAAGAAAAACAAAAUCGAGCACAAUCUUACAAGCAGUCCCAGCAAGUGAUUCCAAUUGACGCCAUCGUCUACAAACCUACCACUACGAAACAGGUCACUUUCACAGAAAAAAAGGUCCCAGAAACUGUUAAUAUGACGUCAUCAACAACAGAUCACGAGGAUCUUGACAAUAUGGAACUUUAUAACUCAACGGGGACAUCUAUGUUCACUAACUCUCUAAUAGAAUGCAGGAAAAUGAUGACAGAUGAAGAUAGCGAUGACUCUGACUGCAGAACCAACUGUGACAGUGGAAAAGGUGGCAGCUAUCUGGAUAUUUAUAAACUUAACAGAAUGAGAAAUCUAGGAUAUUUUGGACCAAAACGGCCACCACUGGAGAAAAUGGACGUUAUGGAUAUCAUCUGA